AAUACUUCAAAUCACUCUACUCACUCUAAACAUUGCUUAAAUACUCCAGAAAAUCAUUUCCAAUAAUUUAGUGUCGAGUCAAAAUCAGUUGCUUUUAUUUAAGAACAAUAACAGAAUAAUAAUACAACAAGCAGAAGCAUAAAUUACUUCUAUUUAAAAUGCCGGCACCUUCUCAGGGAAAGCUUCGAGGAAGCCAAAAGAGGGUAACUGCGGUGCGUGGCGCUUCAAUUGAAGACAGCUCUUCAAACACACGUUUCUCAAUGCGUAGCCAGAAGCGCGACACUUAUAUGCCGGAAUCAACAUCCGCAGAUGACCCGAAGCCCGGAGAAAAGGUGCCGAGGACGCGAACAAAUGAAAAACAAAACCCAAAUGAACCGUGGAACAAACGAAGAUGUCCUCCAAAGAAGCAGCGCAAGCAAACGAAGCGAGAAAUUGAAAUUGCCAAAUUCAAGAACAUUGAUUUUUCUCAACGCGACUCGAAUCCACAGCUCACGGUGCAGACAUUACAAUUUCCUAAUGCCAAUGUGAAACACACAGAAAUCGCUACCCGAGAUGAAUGCGGCAAUCGCAUGUUUAAGCCCAAGAAACUUCCCAACGAUCUCAGUUCGAGUGAGUCGCGUUUUCGCGAUGCCGUUUUCACUGUGAAAACCCAGGCAAGAAGUUGCACAUCAUCCAGUAUUCCGGGUCGAGUUGUGCCUUCCGAGAAGGCAACACGGCUAUCAACGAGGAGUGCCAAGGGAGAUCCGGACUCCAGGGAGAUGAUUGACUCGUAUCAUGUGCCCUCGCAGCGUCCCAAAGGCUUCAAGGGCAAUAAAUGGAAGCAGCCCUGUGAGGCGAGCUAUGUUGUUGGGGCGCCGCCGCGUCACAUUGGCAAGUGUCCGAAGAACUAUCAGCAGCUGUCGAAACUUUCGCCAAUGCGUCAGAAGUUCUUUCUAACCCAAGAUCCGCGUCGCACACACUGUCUGGUCAAUCCGGUUGCACUGCGGCACAAGGAACUGACAAAGGAUCAGCAAUUCAAGCUGAUCAGCAAGAUGGUCAAGCAUGGCGACAAUGUGUGUGCCAGCACAGGAUCCGAGACGUCGGACACGCAUAUUUGUGAAGUUAUUGAUCUGGAGAAUCCGGUGAAUUUGGACUUUCAGGGCAUGGACUAUAAGAAUACUUAUGAAAAGGACGAACAGGAUCAGCAGAAUCAACAGAUUUAUUGGCGAGUUCUGCGCUAUAUGACACGUCGUCGUACCAAGAAGAUGACGCAGGCGAAAGUCGAGGCUGAAUUGCAAGCGGAACGUUUGGCCAUUCCCGCCGAGUUCAACACAAAUAUCAAGGACGAACCAAUACCUGAAGAAGAGCCCGAAAAGCCCUUCAAGUUAGCACAACUCUUCCGCUCACCGGACAAGCCGGCGAACAAGGCGAAGAUUGCCGAGGAGCAGCGCACUCGUGAGGUACGCUACAAGAAUAUUUAUCUGCGCAACAAACAGCGCACCGCGGACAACGAACAGAAGCGGAAACAACAGGAGGCAGCGGCCAAAGAGAUCGCAGCACGCACUGUUGCCGAGCAGGAUCUGCUCGAGGAUGUGGCCAAGAUCGACGAUGACAUUGAACGCAGUUUCCGUAAAUUCGAGUACAUACCGCCGGUUAUCAGAAAGCGCAAGUUCUUCCCCAAAACCCUAACGGAAACCGAGCGGCUCAAAGGUAUCAUGCACAAGGAGAACUGUGUGCGUAGGGAUCAAGCGCGGGUCACGCAGGACUUCUACAUGGAGCGCACGGGCAAGCUCAAGAAAUAUCCGGAUGCGGCUCAGCAGCUGCGCUGCGAGGAGAGCAUUGAGGGCAGCGGAGGAACAACGCCCAGUGAGAAGAGUAGCGAUGAUGAGGACUAUUUGAAGGUGGGCAAGAUUGGUGACGUGUUCCAGCUGCGCGGUUUUCACUUUAAACAUGGCGAUGGGUUGCGUGGUAAGCUUCAUCGUCAUCAGAUCAUGGAGGGACAACGUACCGUCAAGGGUUGUCUGACGCGUGACGAGUGGCUCAAUGAGUUGGCACCUCGCAAAGAGCCCAUCAAGCUUGAUGUGGAGCGUGGCAUUAUAAAGGUGUUGGAUCCGGAUGAUCCUAAGCUCGAUCUAUUUCCACCUCAGGCAAUGCUGCUGCACAAGCGCGAACAAAAGAGCGCUAUCAAGGAGUUCAUAGACAAGCGUCUAGGUCUUCAUUAUCAUCGUGUGCUGCGCAAAAACUUAAAACUAGUCAAGCCCAAGCUCAAGUAUCAUGUGCAAAAGUUCAAUCUUAUACGCUACGUGUUUCCCGAGAAAAUUAUUGUGCCCGAUGCUCCCGAUCUACUUGAAGGCGACAUGGUGGAUGCCAACAAGGCAGACACCACUCUCGAGUACAUUGCGUUGAAGAAUCGCAUGGUCAAAGCGAAGCAUCUCAAGCAGAAACUCGCUCGCAUGAGUCUGCUCGGCUUGACAUGUGUGGAGGCCAAACAGCUGCGAGAGCAAUCGCCCUGUGAUGCCAAGCCGGAGGAAUUCGAUCUCGACUGGGUGCCACCACAAGAGGUAGUCAGUGUAUCCGAUCACAGUGAGGUGGAACUGCUACGUCAGCGCGAUGAGCGCAUCAAGGCGGGGGCCGAGGGUAUUACACUGCCCAUUGAGCAGCGUGGCAAUAUGCCAGCUCCCAAUUUCCGGGAGAAGACGUUGCACAUUCAUCCAAGGCGCCAACGCGAUUAUGCCGCCGAACGUGUGCCAUCGGCGCAGUUCAAUGAUGCUAUCUUAAACUCCGGCAUGCCCAUGCUGGAGAAGAUUAUGCCAGACACCAUCAAGUUUGCCAAUGUGCGUACUCCGAAGCGUCCGUUUACCGAGAGACUAGAGGCACGACAUCAUCACGAUCACUGGGAUCCCACACAGGUGAAGCAUGUGCAUGUGCACUAUCAGACCAAGACCGUCUAUCCGGAGAUCACAGUGCAGGAACAGCCUGAGAAGGUGCCCAUUGUGAAUUUCAUCAAGGCGAAUCCGCCCUGCAAGAAAUACAUGGACACAGACUUGACGUUGCCGCGCUAUGACUUUGAGAAAAUGAUUGCCGAUCAUUUGGCGGCCACACGCGUGGACAGCAAGGAUGCGGCACGGGAAGUUGUGCAGGACUUGUGUCACCCCUAUGACUUUAUUUUUCACUCCCGCAAGCCGGAGGAGAUGACCACGCUCGACUUUCCAGGCAGGAAACAAUAUCUGGACUUUUUGCGCGAGACUCGCGAAGCCAUUUACGAGACUAAGGACAUUGAGCCGGGUGAGGAGCGUCUGCUUGUGGAUCGCAAGGCCAUUGUGGCCGAGCUCGAGGAGGAUCUGAAGAGCAUUGAGCAGUGCCUGACCUCGCUGAGCAGCUCCGAAUGCACGAGUCUCUCCAGGGACAGCGGCAGCUUUUUGCUGCUCGAGGAUGAAACAAAAAUACCCCUGGAUUAUAUACGAAAGCCGCUGGUACCGUUUGAGGAGAUGCGUCGCUCUCGUUUCCAGGCUGAAGUCAUCGAUGUGGAUGCCGAGGAGGCAAAUCCAUAUCGAACGCUGCCUUUCUCCGGUCAGCACAAGGAGCAGGCUGUUAUGUUGGGUCCCAAGGAUUCCUUUUUCACUUUUAGCUCGCGUCUCCGCAAUGGUUUAAGAUUGCGCCUGGAAGUUCCUGUGCCGGAUGUGCGCAAUACUUUGUUGGGACCGGGGCCAAAUAAAUACUAUGGCUCGGUGAUUACGGAUCUGGAUGAGAAUUACAUUGAUGAACUCAAGAAUCGGGCGACAAUCAAAACCUUCAACUUUAAGACUGGCAUGGAGUUGCUCAAGGUGGCAAUGCGUUUAAAAUAUGAAUCGCUAUUGAUUCAAGGCAAAAUGGUGCGCACCAAGAUUUACGAUACGUUGAACGAACGUCACUGGCAGGACAUGAAGAAUACCAAGCUGCUGUACGAAGGUCUCUUCGCCAAGUGGGAGAAGAAGGAAUACAAUGCGGCGAUGACUAUGGUUUAUCAAGUGAAAACUUACUACGAAAUAACCGAUAACCUGAAGCAGCAGUACCGUGAAUUGGAACGCGAGCGCACAAUGCUCAACAUGGACAUUGUGUUCAUUGAAGGACACUGGAUACGUUGUGUCAUGUUGCAGAACUUUCAUUAUCUGCUGGGCGAGGAGGAAUGGCGGGCCGAGCACGAUUGGAUACAUUUAGUGCCCGUCAAGAAGCGCGGCAGGCACUCGGAGGACUGUUCAGAGGAGAAACUCGAGCAGAACGAAGAUGAGGAUGUGGCCUAUGAAUUGGAGCCCUAUGAUCAAUCCAUAGCCAAGCGUGCCAUUGUCAACAUUCGCGUGCGGGACAAAGACGAUGCCUGGGCCAUCAGGGAAUUUUACUACGAUGUUUAUUUGCGGAAUUUGCAUCCGGUAUUGCAGGUGUUUCCCAAUGCCAAGACCUUCCUGCAAGGUAUUGAGAAUCUAAAGAACAAAACCUUUAUGCUACUGCUGGAAAUGCAUUAUACUCUCUCGGUCCACACUGAGCUGCAGGGACGUCUGGAAACUUUUGUGGACUGGUGCAACAAGGACCUGAAGGAGAAACAGGAGUAUGUGGCACGUAAAUCGGCCAAAAAAUAUUUUAUGGAGGAUCGCGCGAUUGAGAUGGAGGCACGUGUUCGUCAGAGUCUCGUCAAGCCCAUCGAGGAUUCAUUUGCCGAUGAGGAGUUCAACAAACAUCGCGCUGUGCUUGCCGAGGUUUGGCGACGUCUUGUGCCCGCUACAGUCAGAGGAUCCAGUGAUGUCAUACCCAGCGCUUCUGACAUGGUGGCUGCCAUUAGCAAUAUGGUGCUCGAGAUACUGACCAAGUUUGAGCACAUGGAUAUUGUCAAGGCGCGUGAAUUAGAGUUGCAAUUCCGCAAGCGUCGUCGCUACUUGGAGAAGCUCUCCGCCCAGGCUUAUCAGAUCGAACGCCGCAUCGACAUGGAGAUGAAGAAAGUGCGUCGCAAUUUGGAGCCACCAUUUAAGAAACCCAAGCGAGUUGGACCACUGCAGCGUCUGCAUCUGCGGAAGCGUGUCAAGAAGAUUGUGAAACCACCUAUAGUCAUCUCGGAGAAUACGCGGAACUUUGUGCGCGCCUUUGCCGAGGAUGGAGUGGUUAGCGAGGGCUUCAGUCAAGAGUCUGUUAUGGUGCUGGAUAAUAUGCAGGAGCAAAUUGUACCCUUCUACUUUGAUCAUUUCCUCAAGAUCAAUGGCUACACUCCCAACUAUAAUUUCAAGACAAACAUUGAGUUGCGCGAUGGUCCCGAGAUUAAUCGAUUCCGCAUUCGAGAGGUUAUUCCUGAUGUGCUCCAGAAAGUGGAGCAAUGGGAGAACAUGCACAAGAAGAUAAUGGAAGAGAAUAUUGCCCGUAAUCCCAAAAUGUACGAGAAUGUUAGUUAAUUUACGAGUAGCGGUCAGCGCAAAAAUUUAUUAGGUUUCAACAAGUUCAAAAGAGUUGUAAAUUAAAUUGCAGGUACUUUCACUGA